UUAAGAACAAAUUUUCAAUUCUUUUUUUUGGGAAAAAUGUUGAAGGCAGGUUUAGUGGCAUUAGCCCUUGGGCUCAUCAUCUUCAUCAACUUCACAGGCCAGUGCCACGGUGAUGGUGCAUUGCAGUUCAGGUUCGGUUUCUACAAUGGAAAAUGUAAUGGUGAAGACGUUGAGGCUAUUGUACGCGGUGUCAUUCAGGAAUCGUACAUGAAGGAUCCUACACUUGUUGCCGCUCUCGUUCGCAUGCAGUUCCAUGAUUGCUUUGUCACUGGAUGUGAUGCAUCAAUCCUACUAGAUGGGAGCAACAGUGAGAAAACUGCAUUUCCUAAUCUAAGUGUAAGGGGGUUUGACAUUAUUGAUGCAGCAAAAGCUGCUGUUGAGGCAGUGUGUCCUGGAGUAGUUUCAUGUGCUGAUAUCAUUGUUAUGGCUGCCAGAGAUGUAGUGUCUUUGGCUGGAGGAAAUAGAUAUGCGGUGCAAACAGGGCGAAGAGACGGUCUUGUAUCUCUAGCUCAAAAUGUGGAUCUCCCAGCUCCUUUUAUAUCCGUGUCUGAUUCCAUCAAGGCAUUUGCCAAUAAAGGACUUGGUGUCGUCGACAUGGUUUAUCUUCUUGGUGGUCACACUGUUGGAGUUGCACAUUGUUCACUCUUCGAAGAUCGUCUCUAUAAUUUUCAAAACAGUGGAAAGCCUGACCCGACCAUGAACCUCGUGCUCUUAGAGAUGUUGAAAUCUCGGUGUCCUCAAAAAGCAAGAGUUGAUAACACUGCUGAUCUUGAUGAGAACCCUGUGAGUGCCUAUGUUGUGGAUAAUUCUUAUUACCAGCAAAUACUACUAGGAAGAGGUAUUCUUCAAAUUGAUCAAGAGUUGGCAUUGGAUCCACGAACCACUGACACAGUGAAAUAUGCAGCAGUCGUGGGAUAUGAUUUCCAAAUCAAAUUUGCUCAAGCCAUGGUGAAGUUGGGUGCAGUCCAAGUUAUUAAUGGCACACAAGGGGAGAUAAGGACUUCGUGCCGAGUUGUCAAUAACUCACAAAAAUAAAAUGCUUCUUAUAAAGAAGUUAAACUAUAUUUCUUGAUUUCCAUUUAUUUAUUUUCUCAUUCUCAGUUAAUGACACGAAAUAUCUCUAGAGAAAUAGAAUAAAAUUACGCACAUAUUACCAUUUUCAAAC